CCACAACUUCGCGAGUCCAGUUCACGUUUUGUGCCAGAUCUGAUCUUCGCAACCAUAAAGCGGCGCUGUCAGGCAAACCGAGAGAGCGUCUCCUACACACAGCCACGAACUGCAGCCCAGCACGAAAACUAAGCCAUUCUUUGCCAGCACUGCUUCUCAAGACUAGCACACAGGAGUUUCGCUGUCCGAUUUCCUCCAGGAAAGUUGCGUCGUUCGCGUAGAGCUUUGUGUGAAAGGACCGCCUUCGUAUAGGUUUCAAAGUUAUUCGAAGGGACUUUGGUGAAAUAGGAAUACUUUUAGUUCGUACAAAUGGGUAAGCAGAACAGCAAACUAAGGCCCGAGGUUCUGUCGGACCUCAAAGAAGAAACCGAUUUUAAUGAGCACGAGCUUCAGGAGUGGUACAAAGGAUUCCUGAAGGACUGCCCAAGCGGCCAUCUCACCGUAGACGAAUUCAAGAAAAUUUACGGCAACUUCUUUCCCUACGGUGACGCGACGAAAUUUGCGGAACACGUUUUCCGCACGUUCGACGUGAACCAGGACAACUCCAUCGACUUCCGUGAGUUUAUCUGCGCCCUCUCUGUAACAUCACGUGGCAAGUUGGAGCAGAAAUUGAAAUGGGCCUUUAGCAUGUACGACCUUGAUGGAAAUGGUUUUAUUUCCAGGCACGAGAUGUUAGAGAUUGUCAAAGCUAUUUACAAAAUGGUCGGUACCGUUAUGAAAAUGCCCGAAGAUGAAAGUACACCUGAGAAGCGAGUAGAUAAGAUCUUUCGUCAGAUGGAUAAGAAUCUGGACGGCAAGUUAUCCCUUUCUGAAUUCAUUGAAGGUGCAAAGAGCGAUCCUUCCAUAGUACGCCUGCUCCAAUGCGAUCCUGCCGCUGGUGCAUCGGCGUGAAGGCUCGACGGAUUCAGGGCCUCGUACCAAAGACAAACAAGAACACAAUCUGCCGUAGGCGGGUGUUGAUAUAUUCUCGGAAUUUGGACUGUAUAUUCUAUGAUUUUCACGCAUAAUUCUGAGAAUAUAUUUAGUUUUUGAAGAAAAUUGAACAUCGCGAUUACUUUGACUACUUUAUUAUGGGAGUUUUUUUGCUGUGUAUAAUUUAAUGUUUUUCGGAAAUGUUGCACCCGAGUCAUCGUUCGUAAAUUUAAAAGGUGAAUAAACCCACGCUUCAAA